UUUUUUUUAUGCUUUAAAAUUAAAUGGAUAAAUUGGGUUAACCCAUUUUAUUAUAACUGGAAAUACAUGUACGUUGCUUGCGGAUAAGCAGCCACCAUACAUUUCUCACAAUAAUAUAUCCGCAAUCCCAUCACCGACAAGGCGCGGAAGGGGAAGCGCAAGUAGCUGCGAGCGCAACCACACAUGGCGGGUUCAUCGACUCCCCUCCUCUCCGAUUCAGACUCCGCCUCCAAAUCGGAAACUACUCCGAAACUCCAAAAGCACCUUCCCUCCCUCGACGACGCUAUCGAGCAGUGUGUCGGAGAAUCCCGCAAAUCCCAGCUCUGUCAAGCCCUCCUCGUCUCCUGCGCUUGGAUCUUCGACGCUCAACAAACAUUCAUCAGCAUCUUCGCCGACGCAGUCCCCAAGUGGCACUGCACUCCCCUCGCCGCCCACUCCUGUAACUCCUCCGCCUCCGCCACCGUCUGCCAACUCCCCGACCACUCAUGGGCCUGGGAUUUGCCCCCACAUGCAUCCACACUGUCCGAAUGGUCCCUCGAGUGCUCCGGUUCCGUCGUCUCCGGACUCCCCGCCUCCUCGUUCUUCGUGGGCUGUCUUGUCGGCGGCCUCGCACUGUCCACCCUCGCCGACUCGGUCGGCCGCAAGAAAACCCUCUUCCUCUCCUGCUUCCUCAUGUCUUUCACAGGCAUGUUGACCGCUCUCUCCCCCAACGUCUGGGUCUAUUCCGCCCUCAAAUUCGUUGCUGGCGUCGGGCGAUCCACCAUCGGAAGCUGCGUGCUCGUCUUGUCCACGGAGACCGUCGGAAAACGGUGGCGAGGACACGUAGGUGUCCUCGGAUUCCUCUGUUUCACUCUGGGAUUUCUAUCCUUACCCGCCAUAGCCUUCAUAAACCGCGGCUCUUCCUGGCGAGUCCUGUAUGUCUAUACUUCCUUCCCCACGCUCUUCUACUGCAUACUAAUCCAUUUCUGCGUUCGCGAAUCUCCCCGGUGGCUCUUCGUGCAAGGACGCAGAGAAGAAGCCGUGAGCACUCUGAAAAGCAUAGCCGCUCCGAGCCCCCUCACCAUGAGCUUCUCCGGCGUUGUUCCAUCCCACGACGCAGAAACUUUCAACUUCUACUCGUCUCUAAAGAUCCUUUUGCAGAAGAGAUGGGCCAUGCAGCGGUUAUCGGCGUCUAUGGCCGUCGGUUUCGGUGUCGGAGUGGUGUAUUACGGGAUGCCUCUGGCGGUUGGAAACUUGCCGUUCAAUCUCUACCUGAGCGUCACGUUUAACGCGUUGGCCGAGAUUCCGUCGUCUCUGGCCACGAUUGUUCUGAUAGAGAGGUUGAACAGGAGGAGUGGGGUGCUGUUGUGCUGUGGACUGACCGGGAUUUGUAGCGUGGCGUGCGCGUGGGCGAAAGGCCCGUCGGCGGUAGGCCUGGAGCUGGUGUCGUUUUUUAGCGGGUGCACUGCGUGCAACAUGGUGCAGAUAUUCGCGAUAGAGCUGUUCCCGACGUGCGUGAGGAACUCGGCGAUGACGAUGCUGCGGCAGGCGAUCAUGUUCGGCGGCGUGUUUGGCCCGGUGAUAGUCUCCGCCGGGAGAGCGAACCGGUGGCUUUCCUACGGGGUGUUCGGGGUGGUGACAGGGUGUUGUGGGUUGCUUGCGGUAUGCUUGCCGGAGACGAGGGGCCGGACUCUCUCUGACACAAUCGACGAAGAGGAGCAGAAGAACGCGAGUACACGGGCAGCCAUCAGUGUGUAGUGUAAUGGGGCGGUGGAUUUUAAUAUUAUUAUUCUAUUUAUUAUCUUGAAAAAGAGUAUGUAUUUUGGAUUGAUGCAUCCAUAUUUAACUUAAUUAUAAGAUGUACUUUGUAUCUAUUUAAUAUAAAUACAUUUUAUUUAUUAA